AUGGCUCAAAUAAGCAAUACAGACAGAUCUUCGGAUGAUCUAAUCAACGAUCCCUCAGACCUCCAUGUCAUGAUAGUGGGUGCAGGCAUCGGCGGCUUGACCGCCGCCGUUGCUUGUCGAGAGAAAGGAUUGAAAGUCACCGUUCUAGAAGCCGCCGAGGAGUUCACAUACAUUCGUGCUGGACUCAUGAUUUCUUCAAAUUGCACACGUGUACUGCUCGGCAUGCCAGGUAUGCGUGAGCGCUUGGAGAAAGUUGGAGCGCCACUGAAGCGGGUCCGCUUCCAUGAUCGAGACGGGAAGCAACUCACGGAGAAGCUCUACCCGGAUUCUGAGAAAGAGUACGGCUCUCCGACCUGGAUGAUUCAUCGUGGUGAUUUGCACGAAUGCUUGCUCGCAAGAGCGCGGGAGCUCGACAUUGAUAUCAAGAUGGGUCGACCAGUCGAGCAGUUUGAUGGACACACACCAAGUGUGACACUAAGGGACGGCACUGUGAUGCAAGCUGAUGUAAUCGUAUGUGGAGAUGGCGAGGUAGGUGGGACUCACUUUAUCGUCGCGUAUCCGGUCCGUCAAGGAGAGUUCUACAACUUUGUUUCCACUCAGCCAGCUGUGCAGACGAAAGGUGACACAUACGUUGUCAAAAUCGAUUCUUCAAUUGUGAAAAACGAGUUCAAGGACUGGGAUCCACGCGUUGUCAAGAUUUUGAGCCGUCUCCCCAAGGAGACUUUGGAGUGGAAAUUGUGCGACCUGGAGCCUAUGGAUAAUGAGACACUGCCUGGCGGAAAGAUAGUCCUACUCGGCGAUGCAGCCCAUGCCUGCUUACCGUCUGCAUCUCAAGGCGCAGCCAUGGCCAUCGAAGAUGGUGGUGCCAUUGCUGAAAUCCUCUCUCGUGUCACAUCCAAAUCACAAGUCAACGCCGCCGCCAAAGCAUACCAGACCUUGCGGAUGCCAAGAACUGCAGAUGUGAGGGACAGCGGCCGUCGCAAUGUGGCUAGGUGGAAGAGUAAAGAUACGCACGAAGAGUCAACGAAUGACUACGUAUGGGAUUACGAUGUCCAAGCGGAGGCAAAGCAAAUUCCAAUAGCUGCUUAG